CAAUUAGGAAGUGCCAGUGCGGCAUCGAGAGGUGGAAAAUAAAACUCAUACGGUGGCGUCUCGCGAGAAAUUCCGAGGCAUCAUUUUCAUGUUGAUGAUCAUCAUUUUCCUGUGUCGGAGAGUCGUAUUUUCGUUUUCCAAAAAGUAGACGGAGAGGACCUCCUUCUUGCAAAGCCAGCUUCAAUAAAAAACCGACCAUGGCCGACGCCGGUGAGCCGCCAGAGUCAAGCGCGAAGCUUCGGCAACUGAAGCUGCAGCGAUCGGGCUCGCUCAAGCCGUUGCUGGAAGUAGAGACCACGACGGAGGACAAGGCGCCCUCGAGCUCUUCCAAGGACCGCCCGAACGAACCAGAGGUGGACGUCGCCUUCUACGUGAAGGAGCUGCAGCUGGCACAGGUCGAAAUCGAAAAGGCCCGGGAAGAGAAACUCGCAACCGGGGAGGAGCUCGGCAGUGUGUUGAUGCAGCUGCAGGAGGCACAAGUGGAAAUCGAGAAGCUCCGACAAGAAAAGCUCGAGUCGAGUGAAAAGCUGGGCGAGAUGGUGCAGGAGCUACAGCAAGCACAAAUUGACCUCGAGAAACUGAAGGCAGUCUGCGUGAAGAACGGAAUCGACUACUCGGCCUUCCUCGUGGCACCCUCCAGCGCCUCAGAAGUGGAACUCGUACUACCAUAAAGUGCGGUCAGUGCAGCAGGAAUUGCCGCGCGGACUCGGCCAACGGGUCGAGUUGAACCGAAAAAAGUUCGCACGAUAAAGAAAGAUGUUUUAGUUUUCAUCUCUUACUUUUGCUUUCUUUUACAGGUCGCUGUCACG